UUGUUACGUCACUGACUAUAUAUUAUGACGUCAUAAUUUACCGACAAUUCUGAUCAAAGUGGAAGAUGCAAUCUGAAAAUAGAGAAGAAGAGAAAAGUAACGAAUCUGUCCACAAAAACGUAAAUAUGUCACAGAAGCCAAACACGGUAAAGUAUCUUUAUUUUGAUAAAGAUGGCAGACAAUUGUCAGAGAUGGAUGUGAAAGGUAAUGUUGUGCUAACAUCAGGAACCCGCGAUGACAGUAACCGCAUUAGACCUAAUCCCUCUGCGGAUACAACUCAGUGUGACUCAAAGGAAACGCCCUCCCAACAGGUCAAAGUGAAGGCUGAACUUUCUGUGAAGCAAGAGAAAAUAAUAGUUCCCAACUUCCAGGCCAGUCACAACGGACAAAUUUAUCUCGUUACAUCUGAUGGGAGAUUAAGACCCACCAUAGAAGGAAUAGAUCUAGAAGUUGGUGACAAAUCAAAGAAUGAGAAACCAUCUAAAGUAUUAGUAAUGCCAGGAACAAACAUGCAAUAUCGAUCACGUGGCAUCAACUAUCUGAACAGAAAUGGCAAAGUCAAGCGGCCAAUGAACGCCUUUAUGUUGUGGGCGAGGGAAUUUCGAGGCAAGCUUGCCGAGCAGAUGCCCAACGCUUCUAAUGCUGAAAUCAGCGUAGGUCUUGGACAGGUCUGGGCAAAUCUUCCCGCUUCAGAGAAGCAGUACUUCUACUUGGAGGCGGAGCGUGUAAAAAACCAACACAGAAAAGACUUCCCUGGUUGGGUGUAUCAACCAAAUAUCUCAAAGCGCGAGAUCCAGAAAGAUGUACAGCACAGUCGGAUGUGGCAAAGGUUUGUGAACACAAAAGAAACUGAUGCCAACAAAAACCCCGAUAAAGGGACGGCCUAUCGACCAAUUGCAUCAGCAGCGCAACAGAACCAGCAGUCUGUUGACAUCACAUCUGCUCCGAGCUCCAUAGUAGCAGACGACAGUAGAAAAUCUCAACAAGCCGUCACGGCGACCCCUUCUACAAAUUCAAAUACCAAGACAAAAACUGAGGUGAAAUCAACGCUGCACAUACCGACGUUAGAUCAGCAAAAACAACAGCAAGAGUCCAAGAUAGACGCUAAAACAAUACUGUCCACUGUCAAACAAGUAGUUGUCCCAUCAAGUUUACAACCACGCAACAAUGGCAACACAUUCCAAACCUUUAGCCAGUUCAAACAAGAAGUGUUAUCCUCUGAAAAAUUAAGAAAUGUCUCGAAAAGUUCCCAAGUAAAACCAGGUGUAUGUUUUAAAUACUCAGGUGAAAGAAUUGCGAAAGUCACAGCACCAAGCAUCCAGCCUGUUUUACAGCGGGCACCUGUUGUCACUACUACACAGCUGAAGACACAACCAACUGCAGAAGUCCAGGCUAGAACCAAACUGACCAAUCAAAUCAAUACACUGGGCCGUCCCAACUCCUUUGUCAUGAAAUACAAUUAUAUUCCCGAGUCGAGGUCCGUCAUUCCAUCAACAACACCGCUGGUUUCAUCUACAACCAAAGCGAAACCAGUAAACCAGGUACAGGUUAAUCAACCAACUCAACAGAACUUCAUGUCUUUGGAAACACAGAAAACACUGAGCCAGAGGUCCGUGACUAUGGUGAACGAAUCCAUCUCCCAGCAGAAUACCCAUCCAAGACAGCAAAAGUCGCAACAACCAAAACAGACGACUAGUAACGAACUGAAAAGUAAUUCAACUGACAACAUCCAGCUCCCAAUAGCCAUACCAACUCUCCCCAACAUGAGUGACAAGACAGACACACUUUGGCCGUUUCCAUUCCCACCAGUAGAACAGACACCACAGACUCAUCUCUUAUAUGAAGGUACUGUACCAGAUAGUGUCAAUUCCAAAACGGAUUUAUCGGAUCCAUACGCUCCGUUCUACUUUGACAACUAUGUCAAUCAAGUCCGAUCCACAGAGUUACAAGUCGAUGUGAAUGGAUGGCAGCAGUAUUUGAACGAUGACAAUGCGAGUGGAACAGAUAAGCAGCCAGUUUGCUAUUUCUCAAAUGUGAAACGAUGCCCAAGUGAUCUGGAAAUUUGUCCCUCGCCAGCAUCAUAUACCCUCAGCAGAAAUCGAAACAGCAAUACAACAGCAGGAGCUGCUCCUACAGUAUCUGCAGCUAAUGUCCACAGAAUGUCCAAUCUCUAUCUGUCACAAAACUUACAAAAUAGUCAGCAGAGUGCAACUUCGUCAUGCUGGACAAAGUCAACUUCCAUGUCUGAAUCUCAUAAUGACACAUUGUUACAACCAACUUCAUUGUCUGGAAAUCCUACCAUAAAACAACAGCAAACAGUAGCCAUAAAAGGGCUUCACGAUACUGGAAUUAACAAUUCACAGGUACCACAGGAAAGUGAUAUAGAAAUGACUCCAGUGCAAACACUGACAGGAAAUCUUAUUCCUACCACCCCUCAAAACUUCGGAGACUAUGCCCUCACCAUUAAUCCCAUGAAUUAUGCAGAUGACAUUGUUUACCAGUGUGAUCCAGCUUCCAAUGUCAAUGUGCCAAAGGAUCAAGAGAAAACAGAAAGCAUGGAAUUUGGUUCCAUUAUGUCUAAUGCAGUUAAGGCUCUGCAUGGAGACCUGGAUGUAUACAAUGCCGCUCCUGAACAGUAUCAGUUAUCUGAAUACAACGAAUCUGUGCCAUACAUGAAUCCACAAUUAGAUGUUCCACCACUGUAUGUGCAGCCCUCCGGAUCAAAUGAGAACUGCCACAUUUUCAAAUAUCAAGAGGAAAACAACAGACCCAUUAAGAAGCGGUCGUACAAAAUUAUUGAAGGUCUCCUGGAGAAUGAAGUGUGGAGGGCAAAGUUUUAUCAAAACAAGUCAGCCUCAACGACCACCCAGUUACAGAAUGUUGCAGCCUCAACGACCACCCAGUUACAGAAUGUUACAGCCUCAACGACCACCCGGUUACAGAAUGUUGCAGCCUCAACGACCACCCAGUUACAGAAUGUUACAGCCUCAACGACCACCCAGUUACAGAAUGUUGCAGCCCCAACGACCACUCAGUUACAGAAUGUUACAGCCUCAACGACCACCCAGUUACAGAAUGUUGCAGCCUCAACGACCACUCAGUUACAGAAUGUUGCAGCCUCAACGACCACUCAGUUACAGAAUAUUACAGCUUCAACACCUAUACAGUUACAGAAUGUUACUGCCUCAACGACCACUCAGUUACAGAACAUUGCAGCCUCAAUGACCACUCAGUUACAGAGUGAUACUGCCUCAACGACCACUCAGUUACAGAAUAUGGCAGCCUCAACAACCACUCUGUUACAAAACGAUACAACCUCAACACCCAUUCCAUUACAGAAUGUUACAGCCUCAACAUUCACUCCAUUACAGAAUGUUACAACUUCAACUCCAUUACAGAAUGUUACAGCCUCAUUCUCAAUGCCAUUACAGAAUGUUACAGCCUCAACACCCACUCCAUUACAGAAAGUUUCAGCCUCAUUCUCCACGCCAUUACAGAAUGUUACAGCCUCAUUCUCCACUCCAUUACAGAAUGUUACAGCCUCAACACCCACUCCAUUACAGAAUGUUUCAGCCUCAUUCUCAAUGCCAUUAAAGAAUGUUACAGCCUCAUUUGCCAUGCCAUUACAGAAUGUUACAGCCUCAUUUGCCAUGCCAUUACAGAAUGUUACAGCUUCAACAUCCACUCCAUUACAGAAUGUUACAGCCUCAUUCUCCACACCAUUACAGAAUGUUACAGCCUCAACACCCACUCCAUUACAGAAUGUUACAGCCUCAACAUUCACUCCGUUACAGAAUGUUACAACUUCAACUCCAUUACAGAAUGUUAUAGCCUCAUUCUCCACACCAUUACAGAAUGUUACAGCCUCAACACCCACUCCAUUACAGAAUGUUUCAGCCUCAUUCUCCAUGCCAUUACAGAAUGUUACAGCCUCAUUCUCCACUCCAUUACAGAAUGUUACAGCCUCAACAUCCACUCCAUUACAUAAUGUUGCAGCCUCAACACCCAUUCCAUUACAUAAUGUUGCAGCCUCAACACCCACUCCAUUACAGAAUGUUACAGCCUCAUUCUCCACUCCAUUACAGUAUGUUACAGCCUCAAUCUCCACUCCAUUACAGAAUGUUACAGCCUCAACACCCACUCCAUUACAGAAUGUUACAGCCUCAUUCUCCACUCCAUUACAGUAUUUUACAGCCUCAACAUCCACGCCAUUACAGAAUAUUAGAGCCUCAACACCCAUUCCGUUAGCGAAUGUUACAAAUGAUUGUGUAUCACAAGACAGGGUACAGAUUCACAGUGAAGAAAGAGAAAACGAAGCAAGUUGUCACACAGCAGUAAGGGACAAUCAUAUAAGCGAGAAACAUGAUGACAGUAAUGUUACUACAAAUAUUCUGCAAAAGGUCGACUCUGAUGUAGCACACAUGUCAGCUAGUCAAGCUGGGCCUUUGAAUGAAACUCAAGAAACUGGUGAAUACGUAGAACUGCUCCUAGGAUUAAAAGCAGAUAAUGUGAAUUCUAUAGAACAAAAUCAAAGCGAGACAACAGUCAUCUACGACACCGAGUACAGCAAAGAUAGUGGAAGUUUAAAUGAAGAGGUUGCGGAACUAGAAGUCAAAAGAACAGAAAACUUUGAGAUUCUGGUGGAGACUAAACGUAACGACCAUAAUGGAUCUAAUUUGCAGUAUGACAUGGAGAUUGGACCUGCAGAAAAAUCAGGAGUUGACGAUGAAGAGGAUUCAAGUAAAAAAUAUUCUGAGGUAGAAAUUGUCAUUGAUAAUGCAGAGGAGCUGUCUGUGACAUCUUGUGAAGAAAAAUAUUACAGCAGUAAUUUAUCAGAAGCUGUGUCAGAAACCACAGAUGAUGGGGGUCCUAGAGAAGUUAAGGAAGAAGUUGUGAAAGACAAUGUCUCUGAAUCUUUACCUAAUCAGGGAGAGAGCCUCAAUUCAAAGAAUAUGGUGAUUUAUAGUAACAUGCAACAAAAUCCCAAAGAUGAUCAUGAACAACUAAAAUGCUCCAACAAGUUCGAAUGUACAGGAGAUCAUUCAAAUUUGGAGUCAGGAGAUGCCCCCAGAAGUGUAAAGGACAUAGCUCUGGAAACAAAAAACAAAUCCACUAGAUCUAUGAAAUCUGUAAAUAAGAAGAGGCAUCAAUACAAUUCACCGGUCCGUGCAUCUAAAAGACAUAAGCAAUGAUUAAACUACCAUUCAUCACUAAUUCUUCAUAUCAAUUAAGUACCGAUGAAACAUUUCAUUUCUAGUAUAUCUCAUACCUGAAAUUCUAGGUGUGUUUUUUCUCUCUAGAUUCUAACAAAGCUAAAAACAUGACACUGACUUUUAAAAUCAAUUUAAUUACUGUGUAGUUGCAAAAUUGUGAAAAGGACAAUUCCAAUAUUUUUCAAUCAAGUGUUAUACCGUAAAACUUGAAACAGAUGAGUGUCAUGAAGUAUUUUCUGCAUGAUGAUCAAAUAAAGUAGUUCUUGUUUUUAUCAAUGUACAAAACAUGUUUGAAGAUUUUGCUAUGAAGGAAAUAAUCUGGUCAUUAGUUAAAAUGCACUAUUCUUCAUACAUUGAAUUGUAAAACACGGUUAUUGCGAUCCUCAAGGGUCUUCAUUAUAUCCCAUACAAUUUUUAUUAUUUUUCUCUCAUAGAUAUAAAUAUCACUUCUCAAUAAGCGUGGAUUCAUUAUAAGUGUGAUCACUGAAGUGUGUUUUACUGUAUAUUCAUAACUACCUGGGCCACAUUUAAAAAUAUGUUUGUUUCCCCUCUCCCGACCCUAAAUUUCACAUAUGGGUAGGUAGGUAGGUAAAAAGUUUUUUUUUUCUACAACAUUUUUUGUACUAAAUUUCCAUGGCAAUAUACUAAGACAUACUACAAGGUAGUAUGCUUUAAACCAAUCAGUGAAUACCUUUAAUAGGAUGACCUGUAGAAGUGUAAUUGUUUGUUAAUAUUUGUCAUUUUGUUGAUGGUUGUCUCUUUGACAAUCAUAUCACAUCUUUUAUUGUUUGUAUUGCUUUCUGUUCGGAAAUUAAAAAAAAUGUCGCUGAAAAAUAUGAAUAAAAACUUUUGGGUCGGCGGGAAUUUGACUGGGUCGGUCGGGCGAGGGGAAACAAACUAUCUUUUUUUUUUGGCCC